AUGAGCCUCAUCGUUCGCUUGAAUGGACCAUUGCAAUCAUGGAAAAUCUGGCUAUCGUCGUCUAGGACAUCUAGACUUACCUCGCUGAUAAUACGAGAUGUACCACAAUCACCACAAGACCUUGCUUUCUUCGAGAACGCAAUAGCCGACCUCGCGACUACAACGGCUCAACAAGCUACCGCGCGUGGACUAGGCUCUUUGAUGGUUUUUCCAUCCGUCAAUCCGUAUACAGAUCGUACUAUAAUUUCCGUUCUUAAUAUGAUGGGGUACGCUCGUGAAGAGUUCCUUCGAGUCAGCAGUCUACUGACCGCAUCUAGUGACACCCGCAUGUUAUACAACAAGAUCAGCAAUUUGAGGCUGAAUGCCAAUGGGCACAGCUACUUGCCUGGCUCUAUCGAGAUGGUUCAGAUGGUUCACUAUCGGAAUCUGAAUGAAAGUGGAGAGUGGCUCUUCGGCGAGACUGCUGAUGUCAUGUUGUACUUACGCGCCGACCAGAGCGAUAUGAACUCAUCCGAUGAUCACGUCGUGAAGCUGGGACUCAAAAGUAGGUGA